CCACAGAGUGAGUUGUCAGCUCUUCUCGUUGAUUGCAGCUGGAUGAACUGAAAGGGAAACUUCCUAUGGAGCUGACAAAUAUUUCAUUAGUGAACAACUUCGUGCACCAACAAGAAAUCAGGAUAGAAAUUAACUGGGUGGUUGGAAUAAAAGGGACUCUAGCUGUGUCAGCAUGUUUUUUCUUCAUCUAUGUGAACGGCAUCAUGCUGUUCACCCUGAGGAGCAAAAGCACCUUCAGAGAGUCUUCCCGCUACAUCCUGUUUGCCCACAUGCUCUUCAACGACUCCGUCCAGCUGCUGACCAGUGUCCUGCUGUACAUCUUUGCAACAGCGUAUCUGUACCUAGUUACGGCCGUGUGUACCAUUAUUUUGUUCAUAUCCAGUACCACUCUUAAAAACUCCCCACUGAACCUUGCUCUCAUGUCUCUUGAGCGCUACAUAGCCAUCUGCUUCCCUCUGAGACACAGUGAAAUAGCGACUCCUAAACGGACUUGCAUUGCCAUAGGGAUAAUUUGGAUUCUUGGCUCUAUAAACCCCAUAAUAGACGUAUUGGUUCUGCUAAAAACUGAGCCCACACUUUUCCUAAUUCCUAUGUUUUGCACACGUGAAAAGCUGUUCAUGUCUAAAUGGCAGGCAGACAUGUAUCAAGGAUUCAACACUUUCUAUUUUGUAGCAGUGGGAGUCAUUCUCCUUUACACGUAUGUGGCAAUAAUGUUGGAGGCCAGGUCAGUCUCCUCUGACAGAGCUUCAGCAACAAAGGCCAGGAAUACAGUGCUGCUGCACGCAGUUCAGCUGGGUCUGUGCCUCACUUCCUCCUUGUAUGGUGUGAUAGAGGCCUUGUUAGCAAGGAUGACUGUGUCUGUCUACAUUCACCUGCGGUACCUCAACUUUGUGGUUCUUCUCAUCCUUCCCAGAUGUUUAAGUCCACUUAUAUACGGUCUGAGAGACGAGAGCUUUCGUCCACUUUUUAAAUAUUAUUUUAUGUGUGGUUCUAAGAAAGUAAAACCUGUUUUGGUUAAAUUUUAAAAUAAAAUUCCAAAUGUUAGGCCUUUAGUUUAAUUUUAAUUUAAAUGGAACAAAAAGUUAACAAUAAUAAUCCAAAACAUUUGGAUUUAUCUUGAACUUAGUCUAACUGAGUUUCACAUUUUCUGAUUGGUGUGUUCUGCCUUUAACUAGAAAAAGGUUAGUGCAGGUUAAGUUUCUCAUCAUUAUAUUGGUAGAAAAUGCAGAACUAAAUUGCUAGAAAUAAUGCAAUUAAAACAGUUUUUACUCAGUUUGUAAAAAAUGUUCAGGUGAAGAAAAAACACAUUUUAAAAACUGAAAUAAUAUUUGCUGUUAUUUUUGUUUCAAAUUAAUACCUGGUGGUUUUUACAAACAUGUAUUAAUUAUACAUGCAACCUGAGAAAACAGACAUCCAUCCAUUUUCUAAUGAAGCAAGAGCCUUUUAUGGCAAGCAACGGGCACAAGGCAGGAUACCCCCCUGGAAAGAAAGUUUAAGUUUUUACCAAGAAAGCUGUAAGGAACAUGAAGUUUUGAAAAACGUUCUUACUUUUUUUAUUUGUUUUUAAUACAAAUGUACUGUUGCCAAAACUGUUCUUAAAUUUCUAAAUGUAGAAAAUUCAAAUAGAAACUUAAAAUUUCACGGAUGCUGAAGGUGAGAUCAUCAUGCUUCCUGGAUCUUACAACUUAUACUGUAUAUAUAUUUAUAACCUUCAGAUAAGCCUUCCUUUAAACAAUGGCUAGAUAAGACCAUUAGAUCUACUGUGUGUCAACUAUCUACUAGCAACCAACAAUCCAGAUGGGUCUAACAGCCUCCUUUCAUUUCUAACCUUUCCUCUGUUCUUCUAGUCAAAACAAUGCUAAACCAACACCAAAUUUGUAGUAUUAUUAAAUAUAUACCAUUGCUUGUA